GUUUGGGAUUCAGAAACCAGGAUGUCCAGCACAGUCAUACCCGUGAACUCUGUACCGCUUCUUGUUCAGUUUCAACAAGGUUCACCUCUUAAUGGACUUCAGGCAUUUCUGAAAGGCCAACCGAAAGCCCUUGGGACGGUCCAGAUAAUGAUCGGCGUGCUGACUCUCCUGAUUGGCAUUGUGUCUACAGCUUGUGCAGAGCUUGUCUUUGUCUAUAGUGGUAUUCCUUACUGGGGAUCUCUCAUUUACAUUACCGCAGGCGCACUCUCCGUUGCUGCAGAAAAUAACAUUAAUUCACCCUCCAGUUUGUGUCUGGUGAACGCUUCACUCGGAAUGAACAUUUUCAGCACUAUAACCGCAGGCAUCACCAUUAUUUUACUUUCACUGGAUUUGGUUAUAGGGCCAGACCGUUAUAUCAGGAGUUAUUACCAUUCUGCCCAUUCUGAAGUAGAAAGAGCGUAUGAGACUCUUUUCAAGGGAAUCAGAGGUGUUUUGCUGUUAUUCGCCACACUUCAGUUUAUCAUCUCCAUCUGUCUGUCAGCAUUUGCCUGUAAAGCCAAUGCCUGUGCCUGCGCCUGCUGUUGUCCUCCUCAGGUGCAGUUUGUUCCACAGGUUUUACCACCUCAGUCCUCUGAUUUCAGGCCCAUUCAUUUCCAGAAUCUUAACAGCUCAGAGAUACCUGUGGCCAGCAGCUCUUCCAUUCAUCACCAGCCUGCAGAUGCUCCUCCACAAUACAGCGAAUCCAAAUAAAUAUGAAUAAGUGGACAGUGUUCCCUUAUGAAACAAAACACAUGGGAAUGUAUUAGACAAUAUAACUCCAUUUGCUUAUUUACACAUUUCAUAUAUAAAAAUAUUUGGAUUGGAUAAAUGAAAAUUGUGCACUGAAAACAAAUAUUAAAGUUUUGCAUUUUGGACUAUUGGAU